GCUGUCACACACCUUUCAGAAUCUCCCCUUGGUCUUAUAGGUCAGCAGCCACUAUGCCACCACUGGCUCCUCCGGUUCUCUUCGCUUCCUCCUUCCCGACUUUCUUACGGCCCCAUUGGAGAUGAAGGCACACACGGUUCUUUUCUUGAUAUGCCUUCUAGAUCUUGGAAGGCUGAUGCUCGCCGGCAGCUCCUUUUCUUUCAAGGAGAACUUUGAUGUAAUGUGGGCGCCGGAUCACUUCAGCACAUCUGAAGAUGGCCAAACCUGGUACCUCACUCUCGAUAAGAAAACAGGUUGCGGCUUCCAAACAAAGAACAGGUACAGAUUUGGGUGGUUCAGUAUGAAGCUGAAGUUGGUCGGAGGCGAUUCUGCUGGCGUUGUCACUGCUUAUUAUAUGAUUUCAGACACGGGGAAAGAGAGGGACGAGUUGGAUUUUGAGUUCCUGGGCAACAGGACGGGGCAGCCGUACACACUGCAGACAAACAUAUACAAAGGGGGCGUUGGAGGCAGGGAGAUGAGACACAUGCUGUGGUUUGAUCCUACCAAGGACUUCCAUACCUACUCUUUCCUGUGGAACGACCACCAGAUUGUGUUCUUUGUGGAUAGAGUGCCCAUUAGGAUCUACAAAAACACAGAUGCAACUAAAGACGUCUUCCCGAAUGAGAAGCCAAUGUACAUGUUUUCAAGCAUUUGGAACGCAGACGACUGGGCGACAAGAGGUGGACUAGAGAAAACGGAUUGGAAAAAUGCACCGUUUGUUUCCACUUACAAGGAUUUCCAUGUAGAGGCUUGCCAGUGGGAGGAUCCUUAUCCAGCAUGCGUUUCGACAACAACUCAGAACUGGUGGGAUCAGUAUGAUGCCUGGAUUCUCUCGGAUGGGCAGAAGGUGGAUUUCAGCUGGGUAGGCAGAAACUUGGUCAUAUAUGAUUACUGCACAGACACAACCAGGUACCCCAAAUUGCCUGCCGAGUGCAGCGUAUCUCCAUGGCAUUAAAUCUAGGCAGAAAACUCCAGUGUGUUCAAUAUCCUAAUUCUAUUUAUUUGUUCUGUUCUCAUAAGAUGAGGUUGGGUUGGGGGUCUCCUUUGCCAUGACAAGAGGAUUGCUUGGAAUUGUAAGCAGGAGUGAGGAGUCAUUUUUACUGUUUAAAAACGUGUUUAUCAAUGAAAGUAUCCGUGUUCCCUUA